AAGGUAUUUCCUGGAUCAAGUAUUCCUACCUCAGGUCUAAGGAUGGCUUUGGACCCUGUCAAGGGCACAGUCUUCCUCUGUCUCACUGGACUCGGCAUUGUGGGGAACAGCUUAGUUUUUGUGAGUUAUAUACUCAUAUUGCAAAGCACUGAGAAGAAACCUAUACACCUCAUUCUUGCUCACUUGACACUUACAAAUAUCAUAAUGCUUCUUUCAAAAGGGAUGCAAAAAACAAUAGAAGCCUUUAACUUUGGAAAUUACUUAAAUGACACCAGCUGUAAAGUUGUUGUUUACCUGGCAAGAGUGUCCCGUGGCCUCUCCAUCUGCACCAGCAGUCUCCUCACUGUGGUCCAGGCAACCAUCAUCAGUCCCAGACACUCCAUGUGGCAGAGGCUCAGCCUAAAGACCCCACAGCACAUUCUUUCCUCACUGCUCUGCCUGUGGAUACUCAAUUCCUUGAUCAGCAUGAACUUACCAUAUUAUAUUAAAAAUGUCAAUAGUAUGAACAUAACACAGUUUAGGAAAAAUAACAAUUAUUGCUAUUUUCUGCCUGAAAGCUGGAUAACAAGAUGGAUUUUUCUUACCCUCAUGGUCCUGAGGGAUGCAGUGUUUCAGGGUGCCAUGGGAGGGGCCAGUGGCUACAUGGUAUUUCUUCUCCACAAGCACCACCAGCAUGUCCUCUACCUUCAGAACUCCAAGCUUCUCUACAGAACUCCCCCUGAGCUGAGAGCUGCCCAGAGUGUCCUGCUUCUGAUGGUGUGUUUCCUUUUCUUUUAUUGGGCAGAUUGUCUUAUUUCUUUAUUCUUUACUUUUGCCAUAGAGAAUUAUUCUAUAGUACUAUAUAUUCCAGAGUUUCUAACCCUUGGUUAUGCAGUUCUCAGCCCCUUCAUGCUGAUUCAUAGAGAUGGACAUGUGAUGAAAUGUUGUCAUACUCAGUAAGAGAGAUCAGACAUUGAUAAAUGUCACUGAUCAUGU